GUGGCGUUUCCGCUCGGGCAGCGGGCUGAGUGAGCUGCCGCCGCCGCUGCCGCCGCCGCCGCCGGGGGAGGGGCGGCCGCCGCCCGCCUGCGCUCAGAGACUCACGCAGCCCCAGUCCCGCCAGUCCGCCAACACAGUAGUGCCGGCCCCCCUCCUUCCCUGGCCCUUCCCCCUCCCCGCCUUUGGCUCGCUCCGCCUUUCUGCCCCCCACCCCCACCUCACGGGUACGGGCCAUUCCCGGCCAGGAAACGCCGUGGCGCCGCGUUGGGCCUAACUCGAGUCUUGCUGCCUCCCGGGGAGUGCCGUGCGCCGCAGCCCGGGCCCCAGGCCCCGGCAGCGCCUGGGACAAGGUCUUCAGAGGUACUGACAGAUAACUUUGGGGCACUUCAUAUUCAGAGGUGUAUGUAAAGGAUUCCUCAUGUCCAUAUCAUGUUGGCUGAGGCUCUGCAGCUCACCCCCACUCUUAGAGUGGUCAGUCUCCAUUAACUGGACCCCGUGAUUUCCAUUCUCUGCUGUGUUGGACGUCAUGAGCAUUGCAGUCCCUCUGGGAGUAACUACACCAGAUACAUCCUACUCAGAUAUGGCUGCUGGAUCAGAGUAAGUGGUAAUCCCUGGUACACUACCAAUUUUGUGUGCAAACAGUUUUCUUGUGGGUAGUAAUAAGAUAUACAGUAUGUUCUUGACCAAAGCCCAUCCCACUAUAAAUGACAUUAGACCUUUGCCCCUUUUCUCCCAGAGAAUCUGGAAAGAGAAUUAUAAGUGGGGGGAAGAAGCUUUUAGAGAAGGAUUUCUGGGUAAAUUAGUAAUAGAAUCAAAGUUGCAAAGUAGUGAUUACAUUUUUCUUUUGUGUUCAUGAAUGGGAAAAUUGAAAUUAAGUAGGUGUCACUACCUGCUUCUAUAGAGUUAUGAAUAUUCUGAUAGAGAGAGAUAAGGAGAUUUUCUUUCCAACUGAUUUUCUUUGAAGGCCUCUUCCUAAGUACUUCUCAUUGUUUUAAAGUAAAGGGGCUAAAACUUUUAUGGGCAGAUUGCUUAGAUCUUCUGACUUUGGGGAUAGAAAACAUAAAGAGCAGUGCCAAACUGUAUUUUAUAAUACUCAUUGCCUAGAAAGAGGACCUUCAAAAUCAGUGGUACCAAACUUUUUUUUCCUCUAAGAGCAGCAUUAGGAAUUCAUUUUGUCAAAAAUUCCAAUCCCUAAAAUAGACUCUUCAAUUCUUGAAAAAUGUAAAAUAGCAAAUGACAAUGAAGGUAGGCCUUCAUUAUACAACUCUAUAUAUUAAUCCGUCUUUAAAAUUUAGCCUUUUGUAUCCCUUUUUUAAGUUGUCCAAGAUUCCCCCUGCUCACAGAUUCCCCCUCUUGUCCUUUUACCUCCCUUGUACCCAAUCUUCCUUGCUUACAGAAAGGAAGUGGAAGCCCCCUACCUUUCAAGACGAAGUGGCACUACACCAGGAUGUGAAAGUCCAGCGAAAGAGACCCAAGGGGCCUAGGGGGCAGCACAGCCCCAGAAGCCAAGUCUAUUCCAGGCAGUACCAGGGAUUAGGGUCUGGGCUGGAAAAAUCCUGGUGUUUUGAAUAUGUUCAGGUCCAGUUCAGACUCUUGAUCCCACAGCCACUUCUUGAGUGAGGUGGGUGUUGCUCUAAUUCCCCUGUUUCUCUUGCCAUUUUCAUAGUCCCUGGGGGUUCUUCCCCCUUCAGCAAAGCAAAGCAUCUGUACCAGAAUUCUGGGUUGAACGGCAUCCUUUAUUAAUAGGGCUUCUUUCUUAAAACUGAAACUAUUAUUAAAGAGCAUGUGUAUUUCUUCAUAAGGCCACCUAUUCACCAUUACUUGUUUAUUGGGUUCCUUGAACAAUACUUAAAAUAAAGCUACCCUAGGAAAUAAUGUAUAAUAUUCUGGGGUAGUCUGAAACUGAGAAGAGUUUUCAAGCUUAUCUCCAUAUUAAAAUGAAGAGGGAGGGUGGGGAGAUGGGGAGGGAAGAGUGACUUUAUAUUUCAUUUAAGGCUAUUUUUAUUUUCUUGUAUUGUUUGCAUGACAAAGAAAUUCAGUUAAACCAUUAGCUGAGACUUCCAAGAAUAUAAAUAUUUACCCAAAUAGAUUACUUAAAAGUUUUCCUGCAUUAGUAUAUAUCCCAGUUGUAUAGUGUUUAUAGGUAUUCAUAAAGUCAGAUAUUUAUCUGCUAUGACCUAAUGACAAGAAGACAUAUUAACAUUUGUAAGACAUUUCAAUAGAGAUUAAACCAAUACGUAUAAAAUCAGUAAGAGAAGAUCCAAAGCAGUUACUCUUAAAAUUAGUAUCUUUCCCAGUUAGUCUAGAGAUAACUGACCAUAAAUGUUGCUAGGGAAUCUAGGAAUGGCUACAGAAGUGAAAAUACUUCUGGUGUGCAGAUUUGAUUACACUGCCACAUCCUAGGAGUUUCUGAACAUUUUCUUCCAUUAUUUCCAUAAAUAUACUGUAGUCAUAACUAAUUUCUGUUAUUCUUUUGGUAGUUGUAUAAAAGAAGAGACUGUCAAUUGUUAGCUUAUGUAAUUACACUUUUCAGUGCUUCAUCAUGCCUAUUCCCCUAUUCUUAGCACAUCUAAAGUUAAACUGCUCUUAAGAGCAACAUAUUUGAUCAAGUAGAGCCCAGACCAUACCUCAUGGUAUUUUAAAUCUGAUAGCAACAACAUGCAAUCUUCAUUUUUUGAUACUUGUAAGGAAACAUAAUAAAAGAAAGCUGUUUCUGGACUUACAACUCUGCCCUGAGAGUUUUAGUCAUUUAAGAGGUGGCAUUAUAACAUAUUAUAUACUGUACUUUAAACACAAUUGAUGGAGUUUAUCCGUUGUGAACCUGGUUUUCGCUGUUAUGUGCCCAACUCUUACACAAUUCAUAGGAAAAAAGGAUACAGUUAUGUGUAUAAAUUGAUUGUCUAAUAAAGACAUGUAACCUUAGUACUCCUUUUGUUGUUUUGUUUUUGUAGUGAUGGGGAUCCAACAAAUGUGGGUCCUCACACCUGCUUGGGCAAGCACUCUAACUACAUCCCCAGUUUCUCCUACUAAUAAUUUUUAAUCCAUAUUUUAACAUAGGUGAAAAAUCAAUGUAUGUAGGGACUCCUAUAGUUAGCUGUUAAUAUCUGUAUAGUCAGAGUAGGCAUGCAUGGCAAUGUGUUAAAUGCUGUGCUUGACUAGAUAAUAUUGAGCAGUAGGUUAGCCUGUUAACCUCCACAAUAUACAUUUUAUUUUUAUUCCCUAGACUUGCACAUGAAGUGCAUAUGUUCAUAUUUACCCAGUUUGGAGAUGGGUAAGAUAUAAUCAACAUAGUUCCAUCUCCAUGGCCAUCUUCUAUCUCAUGAAACUUUCCUUUUUCCCACCACCCCCAAGAGGGGAAAAAUAACAUGAACAGCUGUCACAUUUCACCCCAUGUGUUUAAUGGUACAAAAUCUCCUAAAUAAAACAUGUAUAGCUGUUUAGAAUAUUUGUUUACCUAGUAAUGCACCCAGUACAUUAACUGUAUAAAUCCAUUACUGUUUUUAACUAUCCAUCAUAGAAGCUAAAUUCUAUCUUCAUUUUAUUAAUGCUUGUCUACUUUUGGUUUCAUUUAGGAAACCCCACCUGUUGCCUAAGACUCAGAGUUGAUUGCCUCUCAGUGAGCCAUGUUCAGAUCAUGUCUUUUUUCAAGAAUACUGACCUGCAUUCUUGAUGUAUCGUCCCCCACAGUUCCCAUCUUACAGACACUAUUAAAUAAUAAAUGCAUGCACUUCACUAUUAGAGAAUACUUUCCUAUGUCUAAAAUUCUUCUUCACCUAGAAAUUACCUUUGCUGUUAUUAAUAAGAUCCCUUCUCACAGUUUUGGAGCAUAAAACUGGGUGAGUUGGAUAUGUACCUCAGAAUUUUCAUUUACCACACAUUUAUCAGUUGAUGUGCUAUAUUGACUUGCACAUUUUAUUCCUGCCAAGUGCUGUAGGUAGUAAAUCUUGAAGCAGGAAAAGCAUUAUUUGAAACAAUAUGUCUUAUUUGAUUCCCUAAAAGACCUAAUGAUCUUUAAGGCUGAAUUAUGCUAGUACUUGGAGUUUCUGUUUUAGUUUCUGUAAAUUAGAACAAAUCCAUUUUUAGUUCUGCCAAGUCAUACAAUUAACAUUCUUAAUUAUUUUUCAAAACAUCCCCAAAUCCAUUUGACAAUAGAGUUGAAGUUCUUUCUUCCAACAAAGCCUAAAUUUUUAUCUUUGACCAUGUAUGCCUUUUUAUUAGCAAGCAAAGGCUUCUAUGGAAUGUACACACUUAAGUCCAUUUAUAUUUCUUUUGUGUUAAUACAUUUUGCCUGAAUAGUUUGUUUUCCUAAAGAUACAGAUUCUAUACUAAGCUUUUUAUUAAUCUUGGUUAAUAAAAGGUCUCAAAUAAUUUCUACUAAGGAUAAAAUAUAGUGCAAAGUGCCCAGGCUUGCGAGUCAGACGUAUUUGAAACCUUGGCUCUGUCAGUGUAUCACCUUGGGGGGAGGGGGGAAUCAUGCAAUCCUAACACCUCACUUUCCCCCUUUAUAAAAAUGGGGUACUGUUCACCAUGUCUAAUGGUUGCAGAAAUUAAAUGAAUUAUAUGUAAAACAUAUGGCAAGUGAUUUACACUAAUAGCUGCUACUACCAUCACUGUGUCACUAAACUAAGAUAAGUUCCAAGCUCAGUUUUUAUUAUUUUAAGUCCUAUGGUAUUACCAUGCAGCUGUUAAAUAAUUAUAUCCUUGAUAUGCUUGCAUGUCAUUGGUGGAAGGUGUGUGAAGGUGUUUGGGGGUUCAUCGAGAUGAGAGGUGUGAUAAAUAUAAGAUGCCAUUGUUUUUACCUGUACUUUCUUCAGGGUAUCCUGUCUUGGUAGUGAAUGGAAGAGGGCCUGGUCCCUGGGGCAGUGCAGAAGGCACUUUCAUCAUCUCACUCACUGCAAAUGUCAUGUGAGGUUUCAUGGAAGUAUUAAGAGAUCCAAUUAAGAAGAAUAGUUCUGAGUCUAAACCAGCCCAGAGUGGCUUCUCUAGGGGAAACUCCCCGCUCAGCUGCCCUGAAUCUGUGGAGGCUAGUCCAGCAGUUAAUGAGAAGAGCGUGUAUUCCACUCAUAAUUAUGGGACCACUCAGAGGCUGGGGUGUCGAGGACUGCCUUAUGCUGAUCAUAAUUACGGAGCCCCUCCUCCUCCGACACCUCCUGCUUCUCCCCCUGUCCAGACGAUCAUCCCUCGUUCUGACCUGAAUGGCCUGCCGUCGCCCGUAGAGGAACGCUGUGGAGACAGCCCGAACUCUGAAGGAGAGACUGUCCCUACCUGGUGUCCUUGUGGUCUUUCUCAGGAUGGCUUCCUUCUCAACUGUGACAAGUGCAGGGGAAUGAGCAGGGGGAAGGUUAUUAGACUUCAUCGGCGGAAGCAGGACAACAUAUCAGGUGGGGAUAGCAGUGCAACAGAAAGCUGGGAUGAGGAGCUUUCUCCUUCCACUGUGUUGUAUACAGCAACACAGCACACACCUACAAGCAUCACCUUAACUGUUAGAAGAACCAAACCCAAGAAGCGGAAAAAGAGUCCAGAAAAGGGUCGUGCAGCACCAAAGACGAAGAAAAUCAAGAAUUCUCCCUCUGAAGCACAGAAUUUAGAUGAGAAUACAACUGAGGGCUGGGAAAAUCGAAUAAGACUAUGGACUGAUCAGUAUGAAGAGGCCUUCACUAAUCAAUACAGUGCAGAUGUACAAAACGCCCUUGAACAACAUCUGCAUUCUAACAAGGAAUUUGUGGGCAAACCUGCUAUUUUAGACACUAUUAAUAAGACUGAAUUGGCCUGUAAUAAUACAGUUAUUGGUUCCCAGAUGCAGUUACAGCUGGGAAGAGUCACUCGUGUUCAGAAGCAUCGCAAAAUCCUGAGGGCUGCAAGAGAUCUGGCUUUGGAUACUCUUAUAAUAGAGUAUCGUGGGAAAGUCAUGUUACGGCAGCAAUUUGAGGUCAAUGGGCAUUUCUUCAAAAAACCAUAUCCCUUUGUGCUCUUCUACUCAAAAUUCAAUGGUGUAGAGAUGUGUGUGGAUGCCCGUACUUUCGGUAAUGAUGCUCGGUUCAUCAGAAGAUCAUGUACCCCAAAUGCAGAGGUAAGACACAUGAUUGCAGAUGGGAUGAUUCAUCUGUGUAUCUAUGCUGUAUCUGCCAUCACCAAGGAUGCUGAGGUCACCAUUGCAUUCGAUUAUGAGUAUAGUAACUGCAGUAAUUAUAAAGUGGACUGUGCAUGUCACAAGGGAAACCGGAAUUGUCCUAUUCAGAAAAGGAAUCCUAAUGCUGCCGAAUUGCCACUCCCACCCCCUCCAAUCCUACCCACCAUCGGAGCAGAGACCCGACGUAGAAAAGCACGACGGAAAGAGCUGGAAAUGGAACAGCAGAAUGAAGCUCCAGAGGAAAAUAAUGACCAGCAGCCUCAAGAAGUUCCAGAAAAAGUAAACGUAUCCAGUGAUCAUGAGGAAGUAGACAAUCCAGAAGAAAAAACAGAAGAGAAAGAAGAGGUUAUUGAUGACCCGGAAAACCCAGCUCAUAGCAGGAGGACCCGGGAGGAUAGGAAGGUUGAAGCCAUCAUGCAUGCUUUCGAAAAUUUAGAAAAAAGAAAGAAACGGCGGGAUCAGCCCUUGGAGCAGAGCAGUUCUGACAUUGAAAUUACUACCACCACCUCAGAGACUCCUACUGGAGAAGAGACAAAACCUGAGGCCCCCGAAUCUGAAAUUAGCAACCCUGUUUCAAACAUUGCCACCCCAAGCACCCCUCAAACUAUUGGUGUGAAUACCCGGAGAUCUUCUCAAGCAGCGGAUGUUGCUGCAGAAAAACCAGUCCCCAAACCACCUCCAGCAAAGCCUUCUAGGCCCCGACCGAAGAGUCGAAUUUCUCGGUACCGGAGCAGUUCAGCCCAAAGACUAAAGCGCCAGAAGCAGGCCAGUGCACAACAGGCAGAAUUAUCACAAGCUGCAUUGGAAGAAGGAGGAAAUAAUAGCUCAGUAACUCCUACUGAGGCUGGAAGUAUAGAGAGUUCAGGAGAAAACAGACAGUUACCAGGCACUGACCCAACUGUGGUAACAAUUACCGGAUCCCAUGUCAACCGUGCUGUAACUAAGUACCCAAAAACCAAAAAGUAUCUAGUUACAGAAUGGUUGAAUGACAAAGCAGAGAAGCAAGAGUGCCCUGUGGAGUGUCCUUUACGAAUCACCACAGAUCCAACUGUACUGGCCACAACCCUGAACAUGUUACCGGGUCUUAUUCAUUCCCCGUUAAUUUGCACCACCCCAAAACACUACAUUCGCUUUGGCUCACCUUUUAUGCCUGAGAGGCGUCGAAGGCCCCUUCUGCCUGAUGGCGCAUUCAGCUCCUGUAAGAAGCGCUGGAUAAAGCAAGCCUUGGAAGAAGGGAUGACUCAAACAUCAUCUGUACCCCAAGAGAGUAGAACUCCGCACCUAUACCAAAGUAAUGAGAAUAGUAAUUCUUCUAGUAUCUGUAAAGACAAUGCAGAUUUGUUGAGCCCAUUAAAGAAAUGGAAGUCUCGCUAUUUGAUGGAGCAGAAUGUCACCAAGUUACUGCGGCCUUUGUCUCCAGUCACACCUCCUCCUCCCAGUUCAGGCUCAAAGAGCCCCCAACUGACCACCCCUGGCCAGGCUCACCCAGGAGAAGAAGAGUGUCGAAAUGGAUAUAGCCUCAUGUUCUCGCCAAUCACGUCUCUUACUACUGCUAGCCACUGCAACACUCCUCUGCAGUUUGAGAACAUAUCCUCCCCUGAGAGUUCCCCUGCGCAUAGGCCCGAGUCCCUGUCACCCGAGCUUUGUCACCGAAAAGACCUGGAUUUGACAAAAGUAGGAUAUAAUGACUCCAACACUAACAGCUGUGCUGACCGGCCUUCCCUGCUUAACUCGGGUCACUCCGACCUGGCUCCUCACCCCUCUCUUGGGCCCACCUCAGAGACUGGCUUCCCAAGCAGGAGUGGCGAUGGGUCUCAAAGUCUCGUGAGGAACUCAGACCAGGCAUUUCGGACAGAGUUCAACUUGAUGUAUGCCUACUCCCCUUUGAACUCUAUGCCUCGAGCAGAUGGAUUGUAUAGGGGGUCUCCCCUAGUAGGGGAUAGGAAGCCUUUGCAUUUGGACGGUGGAUAUUGUUCCCCUGCAGAAGGGUUUUCUAGCAGAUAUGAACAUGGCUUUAUGAAAGACCUCUCUCGUGGAUCCAUGUCACCUGGUGGUGAACGCGCCUGUGACGGAGUUCCAUCCACCCCCCAGAACCCACCACAGAGGAAAAAGGUAUCCCUGCUGGAGUACCGCAAACGGAAACAAGAAGCCAAGGAGAAUUCUGGAGGGGGCGGUGACUCCACACAGAGCAAAAGCAAGUCUGCAGGAGCUGGGCAGGGCAGCAGUAACUCUGUUUCUGAAACUGGUGCCCAUGGUGUUCAGGGAUCCUCCGCUCGAGUCCCAACCUCCCCCCACAGAAAGUUCUCCCCAUCUCAUUCCUCCAUGUCACACUCGGAGGCAGUAAGCCCGUCAGAUUCCAGGGGCACCUCUUCAUCUCACUGCAGACCUCAAGAGAAUAUCAGCAGUAGGUGGAUGGUUCCCACGUCAGUAGAACGACUCCGAGAAGGAGGAAGUAUCCCUAAGGUCCUCCGAAGCAGUGUGAGAGUGGUCCAGAAGGGAGAGCCUUCUCCCACCUGGGAGAGUAACACCACAGAGAAAGACUCAGACCCUGCAGAUGGAGAAGGCUCAGAAACAUUGAGCUCAGCGCUCUCUAAAGGAACCACCGUUUACAGCCCUUCCAGAUACAGCUACCAGCUCCUGCAGUGUGAUAGUCCACGGACAGAAUCACAAAGCCUCCUCCAGCAGAGCUCCUCCCCCUUUAGAGGACAUCCCACCCAAUCUCCAGGAUACAGUUAUCGAACUACUGCACUGAGACCUGGAAACCCCCCCUCACAGGGUUCUUCGGAAUCAUCCCUCUCCUCCACCUCGUACCCCAGCCCAGCCCACCCUGUGUCCACAGACUCCAUGGCCCCAUUUACGGGGACACCAGGGUAUUACAGCAGCCAGCCACAUUCUGGAAACAGCACUGGCAGCAAUCUUCCAAGGAGGAGCUGUCCUUCUAGUGCUGCUAGCCCUACCUUACAGGGCCCCUCAGACUCACCAACCUCAGACUCAGUUUCUCAGUCCAGCACAGGAACUCUGAGUUCCACCUCCUUUCCUCAGAACUCUAGGUCGUCAUUGCCAUCUGACUUACGGACGAUCAGUCUGCCCAGUGCUGGGCAGUCAGCUGCCUGCCAGGCCUCCAGGGUACCUGCGGUUUCCAAUUCACAGCACUACCCGCACCGUGGGAGUGGGAGUGUGCACCAGUACCGACUCCAGCCCCUGCAAGGCUCCGGAGUCAAGACUCAGACGGGACUUUCCUAGGGCUUCUGGAUAUGGGCAAACAGAACUGAACAAGCCCAUAGCUGCUUCCUUCCAGCUGCCUCUGGAACCUAGGCCGAGCAUAUUGCUGGUGAAGGGGGUUGCAAGAUGCCAGAGGAUUGGGUCUGGUCUGCAAGAAACAAGACUUGUGGUCGCGACUGGCCUCUGGCCUUGGAGAACCAUGUAAAUCUUGUCUGACGCAGAGACUAUAAAGAAGUUUCUCCCUGCUGUUAAGGGUACAUUGUUGACAAGCAAAUGGUGUUUCGGUUAGUAACGGUUCUAAGUGCAAUGAGUUGUGUUGAAGCCUCUGUCUCCCAUCCUUGCCUGUAGCCCAUAGUCACUUGUGCAGUGAGGACAUCUUUUUAAAUAAAUAAUAAGAAAAAAAUUCCUUUCAAAAGAAAAAAUAUUGAAAAGAGCCAAUCUCAAAGCCCCAAGCCAUUUGAGUAGUGUUAGGGUUUUAUGCACUUGACAACAAAAGGUAGGUAUAUAAAUGUCACCGUAAGACGACCAUUCCAGAAGCAGGUGCAUGUCCGAGGCAUGUCCAGCAAGCAUACUCCCUACCUUUGUCAUAAAAUCACCAGGGAAGAGCUCUUGCCUGGAGAGUAAAGCCUGGAGCUUGCUCUGAUUGAAGGGUGCUUGGCUCUCUGGAGAUCUCAUGGUCAGUUCUUGGUUAUUUGGGAGCAGAUUAUCUGAGUAGAUUGAGGCCCGGCUGUUACCACCCGACUCUUCCUUCUCAAGCCAUUUCAGAGUUUCGUAACCCAUGAAUUAAGCAGAGAAAAGUGGAAUGAGAAACGAGGUGGUCCCAUUGUGUUCACUGCGUUCCUACUCACCAGCUCGGGAGAGAAGAUUUAAUGAGAGAGGUCAGAGUGGUCUGGGAAUGUUUGGAGUUUCAUUUCUUUACUCCCAAUGAAUCAGGACUUAACAAUCUCAUGAGUAAGACUGCCUCCCUAAUUGGGGAGUGUGCACUCGUGGCUGCAGGGUAAGAGUGGGCAUAUAGGUCUGUAGAGUGGCACCGACAGGACUGUGAUUGUGUGUGGGCCUGCCCCACGUUUCUUUGGGGGGAUGCGUCUGUAAGAGUGGGCCGGUGAGAGAGUUCCCAAGCCCCACCCAUGCCCCUGACACUGCUCUGGAUGAGGGAUGAGAACAGACUGGCUUCUCCCCAUCAGUGCGUUGUGCCUGUUGUACACCCCUGGAGGAGCCCUGGAGCCAGCCCAGGCGGGGUACACAAUCUUUUUAAAUUCCAUAUGGUUGCCAGCUUCUUUCUUUCACUUGUUUACUGUAAUAUCCGGCGUGUUUUUAUUUAUCUGAUUUUGUAUUCAGUUAUAACCAUGGUAGGGGUAGUGACUCUAUGACAGGUGUAAACCCUGGUGCUGCAGUGGACCUUACUUCUUUUCUUUUGGACAAGACAAUACUGUGAGUCUCCCUUCUACUUUCUCAUUUGUUUUCUCCUUUUAUCCCAAGCCUCUUGCAUCCCCUUUUCUAUCCUGUCCUACCACUAUCAUAUGCACAGCCUUCUCUCUUUGUGUGUGACUGUUACAAAAUUUCACUUUUCAAAAUUGAAAUCAGGUGUUUGCUCAAAUGAGGGGAGAUGUUAUUAUUUUAUGCUGAGACCUCAGCAGAGUAUCUUUCUUUUUUGUUUCCCCCACAAACCCAUCAGUCUGGGAGAGCGUUGGGAGUAGAAAUCAUGUUGCCUGGGAUGCCGGUUUCUUUGUAUAUUAUAUAAAACGUAUGUAAAUGUCUCUCCAUUUGGGCUGGGGUUUGCAUUCUCCCCUUGGCUGUUAGCCGAGGGGAGAGGCCAGCGGGCAGGCGGCCCUCACCCUGCCUGGCACGUGCAGAGACCCCAGCCACUCUGUGUGGGCAGGGUGCUGUCAAGACCAGACCUCUGGGGGGGGUGGGGGCGGGGGGAGGGGGACUCUUGGAAGGAAAGAAGUAUCACUUCUUUCUCACGUGGAGUGUUUACACCUUGCUGUAACAUUUGAACUUUCACAAGAGAUGUAAUAAUUUUGAUAAUAAAAUUCUUAACCAUAAUCAUCAUCAAGUUGAAAA